AUGUCCACCGCUCGUUGGCGACUCGUGUCGAAAGCAUCGUGGAUCGCCCGCUCUUCACAGUGCAUGUGUGUAACUACAGCCGGGCAGCUGAUUGUCUAUGGGGGCGAAUUGAAGCCUCGUCAACCUGUUGAUUCCGCCGAUCAAGAGGGUCCAGCGGUCCCAAAACCCAGAGUAGGUGCAACCAUGGUGUGCAUGGACGAUUGUUUGUACGUCUGGGGUGGACGAGGUGGGGUCGACAUGGCACCCUUGGAUGAUGAACAGGUUGGUGUAUGGCGCGCCGAACUGAAGACUGGCAGUGACACGGCGGAGCCUGAUGGUGUAAUCUGGGAGAGGUUGUCUUACACAGACGGUCCGGAACCUCGUAGCUACCACGCUGCAGCUGCUACGGAUAAUGACUUCUUCAUCCACGCAGGAUGUCCAACGUCAGGGCGUUUGGCGCAGUUACACAAGUUCAACAUUCGUAGCAGACAAUGGGAAGAACUUUCAUCGGCGCCGGCUCCUCCUCGCGGCGGUACAGGUAUUGUUUCUAAGAAUCUGAUGUCGUGGGGUCGCGUCGUUCUUAGAUUCGGAGGUUUCAGCGGCUACGAGCUACCAUCCGUACCAGGCACACUCGACCUGUUUGACCCCAAGCACGAUAGAUGGUACACCUUGCAGCCGUCGCCGGAUCCCAUCCAUGGAUAUCCAGGUGCACGUUCCGUUUGUGGAUUCGCUCAUUUCGAAUCCAAGUCACCGGUGUUGUCGAGCAUUGUUGGCGUCUUAUUCCAUGGGGAGAGAGACGCGAGUACCUUGGGCCAUGCAGGCGCUGGAACAUUCUGGGACGAUGUCUGGGCGCUGAAGAAGACAGAAAGCAAUCAUGUGGUGCAGUGGGCCUGGAGGAAAUUGGACGUCAAGCCUGCAGAUGAACAGGGCGAAGGUGAGUCGGGUAUGCCGGAAGGUAGGGGCUGGUUCGCACACGCCGGGUGGCAGGAGAAUGGUACUACUAGCGUUUUCAUGCACGGCGGCUUACUAUCAUCUAAUGAAAGAAGCGAUGAGCUAUGGGAAUUGCAGAUAGAAUAGGCCGGUCAAGUAUAUUGUAUGAUGCAUGACGGUGGGGAUAAGCCCAGCACUUACAUUGUACUACUAUGGUAGAUCAUCUAGCUUGCGGUGGAGGUUAAUAUUCUAUCUGCGCAGCCUGUGUACGUCUCCAUAGCUCCUUGUUAAAUUGCAGCUGUAAUUGGGUAUUA